UAAAAGAGAGAAUUAUUUGAAAUUGACAUCCUGUGGUUUAAGAGCAGGCCCGGUCGCAUAAUCUAGAGGAGAAAGCAAACAUGGCGGCGCAAGUUUGCAGUGAUGUCAGUGAAGCGAUCGAAAUCUGCCCCAUUCGCCGACUAUAUCUGAAACCCAUAGCCAAGUUAACAAUCCAGGUUUCACUGCCUGAGAUUAAGGUGGCCGGAGUCUCGAUAUCGAACUGGGAAGUGAUGGAAAAACUGAAAGCAAUGGUAGCGCCAGAUCAGUUUGCUGUUUUACGUGUUGUGGAAUCGACUCUAGAAAUGAUCCGAUUUGAAGCAGAAACAGAGACAAAAGGAGUUUUAUCUAAGUUCAUUGAUAAACUUGACGGAAAUGUUAUCAAGUUAGGUGGAUUUGCAGACCCUCUAAAAGUCCGGGCGAAAGAGACGAAGCUCAAAUUUCCCACAAUGCACGAGUGGGACUCCUUCUUUCGGGACGCUAAAGAACUGAAUGAAUGUAAACCAGGGGAGAGGCCUGAUACUAUAACUAUCAAGGGAUUACCUUCCAAAUGGUUCGCGACGCAGCAGUCUGGGGAUAAACCUUGUGAGAAUACAGUAAUAUCAGUUUUUCAACAUUUUGGCAAAAUCCGUUGUAUAGACAUCCCAAUCUUGGAUAGUUAUAGACAACAGAUAACAAACAACAAAAGUGAAUUCCAGACGUUUUAUUUUGGAUCACAUCUGCAUUUUGAUGUGUACAUCCAGUUUAAGCAGUACCAAGGCUUUACGUCAGCAAUGACAUCCUUCAAGGGAAUGAAGCUUGUGCACAUUUCAGAGGAAGGAAGAGCUGCCGCAGCUAAUAUUAUGGUUGAUUUUGAUAGGACAAGUCAUUUAAGUGCUAAGAAUAUAGAGGCACGAGACAGGGAGAGGAAGAGAAUAAUUGAGAAAGAAAAAGAAGAGGAGGAAAGAAAGAGGAAAGAGGAAGAAGAGCUAGAAAGAAGGAAGCACCAGGAGAGAAUGGAGAUUCAACGACGAGAGGCAGAGAAAGUAAAGCAGAUGAUGGAUGAGUUAAGGAAGAAGGAGGAAAGAAGACGGAAAAGAGAGGAGAAAAGGAGGAAGAAGAAAGAGGAACAAGAACGCCUAGAGCAGCAAAGGAGGCAACGGGAACAAAGAAUUGCAGAGAAGAGAAAGAGAUUAGAGGAACAGAGAAAAGUUGAAUCUUUACAUCUAUUGAAGGAACUUUUAAAGCGAGUUGCUGAUAAAAGAGCCGAGGAGGAAGAAGAAAAACGAAAAAGAGAAAAAGAACUUGAUAUGCUUAGACAGAUAGAGGAAAAGAAACGGAAGCUUGAAGAAGAAGAGCGACUUAAGGAAGAAGUUGAAAAACAGAAGAAAAUUAAACUUGAGCAGCAAGAAAAAGAACUCAGAGAUAAACUACUAAAAAACUUAAAAGAAAUGAAAGAAAGGAAACAAGAACUAGAAAGGGAGCUUUUACGUAAACAGAUAAAAAACAAGGUCAAGCUAAAUUCAAUCAUAAAAAAAUAGUAGUCACAAGAUUACACUUUAGCUGAGUAAUUCUAUUCUCCAGUUUAUCAGGAUGUUAACAAAGGAGAACAAGGAUAAUAAAGUAUUGAUAUGACAUCUUGUAUUUAGAACUUUAGACAAUUUUGCUGUACAUUAUACAUCCUGUAGACUUGUAAGUUAGUCCAAUUACUCAAAUGAGUACUUGUUUCAUAAAUUCAUUAGCCCAUGAAAAUACACUUUUGUGUAUUACACUUUGAUGCCAUCUAAUUUGUUAGUUCAAAGAAUAUUCGCAAGGCAAAAUAAGGGAUAGCCAUCUACAUGGCUGCAUACUUCAGCUAUUAUUUUAUUUUUCAAUGUUUCACCUCCCCCUAUCACCGUUUAUAAGAAGAUUUUACAGUCAAAUAAGGUCAAGCGUGUCACCCUAGAGCUGAUUAUUAAGUUCAUUAUUCAAAAUAUCAUUUGAUUAUUUGCAGCAUAGUUUCCAAUCUUGAAAGAGUUUUCGAAUUUUCAAUGCAAAGUCUCAUUCAAAAUAGCAGCAAGAAACUGCCAUGGUCAUGUUUAUUAGCCGGGAAAGCCUUUGUUUCCCUUCCUACUUAGGGAAGGUAUUGAUUUAUGCAAUUUUGGUUUCUCUAAGAGACAUUUCACGGGAAUUGUGCUUCUUUGUGAGUGAAAACAUUCGAAAAUUCGUCUCAAGAAUGGAAACUUCUCAGCAAAUAAUCAAAUGAAAUUUCGAAAUAUGAACCUGGUUUGACUGUAAAACUAGGCUGUUAAAACAUUUUCUCUAAUAGUUUGGCUCCCCUUUGUAGCCCCACAGUGGUAACUAACUUCAGCUAUGUUUGACAAUUUCUUUUUUUUUUUCAUUUGGUAUCUUGAGCGUCUUAGAUUUGCUGUGCAGUAAUCCCAUUGCAACGUUCCUUCACAUUGCUUGGAUACAUUAUCUUAAAGAACACUUAUUCCUUAGAAUGCCUUGGUACCUUGAACUUGCUUUUUUAAUUUUGUAUUUGGCUUGUGGGCACUUAACAGCUUGUACAGGCCAGUUGAGGCAUAAUACACCAUCUUGCAUGAUUUGGGGCAGAAACAGUGUUUGGUUGUGAAUAAAAAAAAAUUAAGACAAGA